CUAAGUGAAGUCAAAUGCACAUUUAAAAUAGCAUAAUUAAUGAGAAUAAAACCCUGCACUUAGGAGCCUCUCUGAUCACAGAAGUAGCUUUUGCCCCUAGCAUUUAGUAAUGCAUAUAUCUUGCAUGAUAUAUUGCAGCAUUUGGGUUAUGCAGGUCGGGGGAAGUGGACCUGCCAGAAUUUUCUCAUUUGGAAAAGCCAAAUAGUGUCAUAGUGAAGUCUUCAAGGUGGAAUCUACACAAAAAUAGAAAAUGCUGUGAAAAUGCUUUUUUUUAAAAAGACGUUUUGGAAAAAUACUUUUAAUUUUGCUUAGCUCACUGUCGCCAUCUAGUGUCACAUUUGUAUAUUGCACUUUACAACACAUUUAAAAUGUUUUAUUUGCAGCUGUGUAGCUGAGUCCCAAGUCAGACUUGCUACUUUUUCAUAUAGUGUGUUAAUGUAGAAAAGCCCCUAUAAAAGAAACUGCCAGCAAGGGAUGAUGUCUUCUUUCAUAUGUUUCAGCUGCACAGCUUACUCCCUUGCCUCAAAAUAUUUUGUUGGGACUUGCUACCUGAUAGGAUGACACCAAGGAUGCUGGCCAAGUAAUCCUGAUUCAAUGUGGAGUGCCAUUUAAUUUCUGUCUCUGUUCUAGAUUUAAGGAUAUUUUGUAAGCCACUGCGAUCCUCUUGGGUCUAUAAAGCAGGAUAUACAUAUUCUCCCUAAUACAAAAAGUCUUGUGGCCUGUCUCAGUAACAUUUUUAUUACAGGAAGUGUUCUAAUAUCAAACAUGUGUACGAAUCUGUUUUCAAUAUUAGUGGGCAGCGUGUGGGUUUUGCUCCACUCCACUCCACGUUCACAGGUAGUUUUGACAAUGUUGCAGGAAAUAUGCCCCAAAUGCCCACAGGAACAGAAACAAGAAAACAAUAGCAAUUUAAUAUUCAUGUGUUACUGUGCCUUUGGCAUUGAUACAUUAAGGUUUUCAAAGGACUGAUGCGAAGCUCCACAUGGAAGGGUAACAGUUCUCAAAUAAAAGUAUUGUCAAGUAAUGUUUGCAGCUGUAUUAACUAAAUUUUGUUUUCCUUUUUAUAAAUAUUGAAAUGGGGGCCCUCUAGCUUGCAUCUCUAAAGCAGCCCUGCUCUUUCUGAUUUGCCCACAACUGGAGUAGUUUAGUGAUUCCCAGAUUUAAAAUUGAGCUGGCUAUAAAUUGAGCUUUGAAUUCCUCCUCUGUUUUGUGGUGGGGGCUGUGCUAAGUCCUGCUUUUGGCAGUUUUGCUGCUGCAAGAUCCAGGUCUGCCUUGGUGACUUCACAAAGGAUCUCCAAGUGACCACCCCAAGAGGAUAUUAUGAGUCCCCUGUCCUUUGCAGAGCAGGCCUGGAUUAGUAGAGGCUUCAACAGCAGCAAGUUUAGGGGGAAAGAGAAUUUGUGCUGCUCUAGGAAAGCUGACUAGCUGAGAUGUGCAGAAUACUUUCUUCCUUUGUGACCUGCUGCAGUGAGAUGAGGAAGAGCUAGCCUACAGGUUGCACCCCAGAAGAAACAGGACUGCAGCAGCCAUGGCUUCUCCCGCGGUUUCACGUCUCUCCCAACCAUGCAUUUGCGAGAUUUGCGACUGUGGGCGCCAUCGCUGCCCUCAUAUAACCAGACCCUUUGAAAUGAACGAGAAGCCGUGUCUCCUCACUGAGUAUACAGAGAAAUACCCACUUUAUCCCAACUUUGAACCCAGAGAAUCCUGCAAACCCGUCAUAGAGUACAAUAAGCAGCCAGUACCAAUGGAGGGCAUUUCUACUAUGAGGAGAGAUUAUGUCCCUCAUGAAGUGUCGCCUAUAAAGUUGAGGCCGCCCGAACAAUAUUUCAAGAGUAAUGCAGCUAUGGACCUGUUGUCUACGUAUAAGCAAGACUACAACCCUUACCCCAUUAAUCGAGUGCGUCCUUGCAUGCCUCAGGAACGGAAAUAUUCUUCCGAUGACAAGAUGACCACAGUACCAACGUACAAAGCUGAUUACUUGCCAUGGAAGCAGGCCAAAAGGGACAUGAUUAAGCCGCCACACACUUUCCGCCCAGCAGAAGAUAAAUUUGACUGUCGGACCACGCACCAGGAUGAGUACCUUUACAAGGGCCCAGUGAUGACGAAGAGCUGCAAACCAUUUAGAUCGCCACACAUUACAAAGAUACCCUUGGACAGUAUGACCAACUAUAAGUUGAAUUACGUGGCACACCCCUUGUCCAAACGUCACGCCCAUGUCCCUGAGCCAUUCAAGCCCAGCCAGGAGCCAUUUGAUGGUCUCACCACCCACAAACAGUCCUACAAAGGGCUGGCAGGGCCCCCCGCUCAGUCCGUGAAGCCCCCUUACGUGAGGCCGGACCUUGCCAAUUUUGAGGGGACUACUGAAUUCCGGGAAAAGUUCUUAGCUUGGCCAACGGCCCCGCCGGUCAGCAGGAAGCCUGCUGCGUACACACCGCCUAAGGAGAAGAUGGACCUCAAGACGAUGGCGCAGAUUCAUUACGUCGACCCUCACGGCCGCCCGGCAACGUCCUGCAAACCCCUGGCCCGUGUCGUAACCCACACAGAUCCCUUCGACCACUGCUCCACCAUGAAGGAGGAUUAUAAGCAUUGGGACUAUUCGAAACCGAAGGCCAUUGUUCCUCACUGUGAGGUCACGUUACCCAAAGUCCCCAUGGACACCUUGACCACCUUCCAGAGCCAUUACGUGCCUCACCCGCUUCCAUUCACCAAGAGCUUCAAGCCCCGGCUGCCGGCCGCUCGGCCUCACGUCCCGUUUGUUGAUGAAACCACCUACGCCACGUGCUACACACCCAAGAAAGUCCACAUUUGCCCUGCCACCUACAAAGAGCCGCCCGGCUACGUAUUUGAGAAGAUUGAUGAAGCAGGGCACAGGCGGUUCCGUCCUUCUACGGUGGCCCAGGACCGAUGUGCGUCCAGUUUGAAUAUUGGCGAGUGUAGAGGCAGUCUUCCCGGCGGCAGCUUCAGUCAAACGGGCCUCAAAGAGAUUGCGAUGAAAGCCUGAUGUUUUUCGAGCUAGUUUUCAACACACCACUGAAUUUAUUCGUUGAUGAAUUCUAUUGGUAUCAUGUUUAUUUCCAGAGGCUUGUCGUCCUUCUGGUAGAGCUGAAUAAAUAACUAACAUUCUAGGAAA